CUUUCUUUCAACCCCCAAGUUUGACACGAAGAAACCGGUUCAUCAAGUUCAUCCCACCAAGUUCCACCAGUUCAUCCCGCUCCCAAUGUCUGACGCCCCCGCCGCCCCUGUCACCGAGAACGGCGUGCCUCCGGCUGCGCAAGACCAGGUCGUCGAAGAGACUCCCGGCUUCAAAGUUUUCGCCGGUAACCUUGCGUACUCCACCACGGAUGAAGGGCUGAGGACAUUCUUUGCUCCUGUCGAGAGCGAAAUUCUGUCCGCACAGGUAAUCCUGCGUGGCACUCGUUCGGCUGGCUAUGGCUUUGUCGCCGUGGCCACCGAGACGGCCGCACAGAAGGCCGUUGAGCUCCUCAACAAGCAGGAGCUUGACGGCCGUGAAGUAAUCGUCGAGGUCGCCAAGCCUGCGGACCAGAAGGACAAGGAGAAGAAGCAGAGGAAGCUCAAGAGAAAGCCUGGCCGCCGCGGCAGCAAGGCUGUGCCUGGCGAGGUUAGCGAGGCUGAAGCUAAUGGCGACGUCGCCAAGGCUGAGGGCGCCCCUGUCACUGAAGAGGGGGCUAAGCCCAAGAAAAAGAAGAAGAGCAGCCGCAGCAAGAAGGCCCGCAAGGCUGCCGCCGCUGAUGGCGCCACCGAAGGCGAAGGCGCUGUCUCUGGCACUGAGGUGGCUGCUGACGGUACCACUCCUGAAGCUGCUGCAAAGAAGCCCCGUGUGCGCAAGCCACGGGCCCCUCGCCCUGCCCGUCCCGCCGGCGAGGACCCUGUCGGCGAGCCGUCGAAGAGCGUCCUGUUCGUCGCAAACCUAGGCUUCAACAUCGACGAUGAGGGUCUCGCCAAGCUGUUCACCGACGCUGACCUUCCUGUCGUCUCGGCUCGCAUCGUCCGUCGUCGCUGGGGUAAGCCCCGCAAGAGCAAGGGCUUCGGAUUUGUCGAUGUCGGCGACGAGGAGAACCAGCAGAAGGCCAUCGAGGUCCUGCAGGGUCAGGAGGUUGAAGGAAGGAACAUCGCUGUCAAGAUUGCGGUGAACUCCCAGAUCGCGGAGGAAGGUCAGGAGGGCGAUGCCGAUGCCGAUGCCGCUGCCCCCACCACCGAGCGCGAGGCUACCCCCGAGACCACUGUUGUUGCGUCUUAAGCGUUGGUCACAGUUCGCCGGUCGCGUGCAGGUUUACCUUCACACAUCUCCUUUGUUCUCUUCCUCACAUUGUGCGGCUGGACCAAUUUCCUUGUCCAGACGUCAACUGGUGUUGAUCCCCAUUUUAAUGACUACAUUGAUGGAAUGGCUCUGUUUCUUUCGGAGCGGUCUGGUCCCGUUUCUUUAGUGUUAGCUUGCGUUGUCGCUUUCACCAAAAUAAUAGCGGCUUUGUUUGCUUCUUUUCAAUUAUUAUGAUCGUCACGACUUGCAUGCCUAUUGCCCCGGAUCGAUCAUACCCGUACUCUAGCACUCUGGUUAUGUAAUGCUCCAUGGUUGAUGAGGAAGACGACU